UAAACACGAAGAAGAAGAAGAAGACGACGACGACGGAAGUUGUGCUCUUGUGUGCAUAAUUUAACUUUUAAAACAGGUUUUAAAGUGUCAUUGUGUUGACGUACAUGUGCUGAGGUUUUAGUAACUGUUCAAACAUUUGCUUUUUUGGUUUUCUAAUCGUGAUUUAAAGAAGAAACAAAAAUAUCGUGCUUUGGUGAUGUUCGUUUGUUUCUUCCUGACUGCGGCUCUGAGUUCAGUCUUAGGGAAAUCAUCGUUGGAUGGUUCAUCACAGAAGAUUUGGGCCUUUGUUGGUGAGGAUGUCAUGUUACCAUGCCUCUUCAAUGGAACCCUUGCAAAUAAUAUUGCAACAGUGGAGUGGUCCAAGAAAGGCCUUAAUCCAAACAUUGUCUUCCUUUACCGCGAUGGCUGUGAGACUUAUGACAUGAAGCAUCCAGGUUUUCACUACAGAACAAGUAUCACCUUGACUAAACUUAAUGAAGGGAAUGUCUCCUUGAUGAUCUUGAACCUGAAGCUAUCUGAUUCUGGGAUAUACACUUGCAUGAAGCACUGGGAUGGUGACAUCCGAAUUCAGGACACAGUGGAACUUCUUGUAGAUUCUAAGCCAAAGCUAUCAGUCAUUCCGGCUGAGACUGGAGCUAUGACUGUGGUGUGUGAGGCCCUCUACUGGCUGUCUGAGCCUGAGAUCCAGAUUCUAAACGAUAUGGGGAACAACGUCUGUGAUAAGGUCCAACAAACUGCUCGAGAUUCCAGUGGGCAUUUCAAUAGGAGCUGCAGCGUGACUGUGAUGUCUAACACCAACAGUGAAAUGAAAUGUGUUGUUCGCCAGCCAGAUACCAACCAGACCAGGACCACAAAGACCUACGUACCAGCAUUCAUACAUGAAAACAGCAAAAUGAAAGAGCUGAAACCUGAAAAUCAAUGUGUGGGGUUGAUAUUUGCUGUGGCAGUAGAAAGUUUUUUAUUGGUGAUUGGCUCAAUCGUAUUUGUCUGGAAACACUGCUCCAAGUGUGGUGCACAAAAAGUGCCGUUACCCACGCAGCAAUCACUUGGUAAAAGCUGCAAUCCGAAGGAAAAUCAGUUGCUCCUUCCAUGUGUGGAUGAGGACAACAAUAAAAACGCUACAAUUGAAGAGCAGAGACAGGAAAUUGCAAAACUCAAGGUGGACCUUUGUGAGAGAGAUCAGACCAUCAGCCGGCUGACUCAGGAACGGGACGCUUUAAAAGCCAAACAGAGCCCCACCUGCCAACUUGACCAGCCAAUGAUUCCUCUUCAUAGAUCAUCAUCAACAAUCAAACCCAACCAGGGCAGAGUGUCCAGGAACACACGCAACCUCAAGUCCCCGUCCCAUAACACUCAACCACCCCGGAGUGACCUACCUCACGGCGACCACCCAAAUGUCUCAGUACAAAGCUCUGAGUUAGCACAUGAAUGCAACCACCAGCACCAAAUACGUAGACGUAUGAGCACUUGGCCCGCCUUUCCUGCAUUAAGCGCCGACCCGCUGUCCAAUCCGUCAGGCUACGCUUCUGGUAAAAAGCCAGCCCAGAUUCCCCGUUCAAUAUCCGUCCAUUCCUCACAGUCUGGUCCAACCACUAGGAUUCUGCGGCAUUCACCCAUCACCCCAACGUCACCACUGCACAAUAACCCCUAUAGUCCGCUGGCAGAAUCAAACGAAGAAUACCUCUCAUAAGUGCCGCUUUUUUCUUUUUAAUACCUUUUGUUGCCUUGUUUGCACCUCCACCAAAUUAUUUGUUUCACCCUGUUUGUUCUUGUACUGUGUGUGUGUGUGUGUGUGUGUGUGUGUGUGUAAGAACAUAUCAAGUCAAACCUUGGUAUCUAAACACUAAAGAAAGACAAGUUGA